ACAUCUACUUUGUUCGUAAAACGAGAACCUGACUCAGCAUAAUAGCAAAAAAGAGGACAACCGCAGCAAAGCAAGACGCUGAUUAAAAAUAACAGAAAGCUCUGACUAAACCUGUUGCUGCUAUUUGAAACAUGAGUUCUAUAGGUACCGGGUAUGAUUUAUCUGCUCAUCAGUUUUCCCCUGAUGGUCGCGUAUUUCAAGUAGAAUAUGCAAACAAAGCUGUUGAAAAUAGCAGCACUGCAGUGGCUAUUCGUUGCAAAGAUGGUGUUGUAUUUGGUGUGGAAAAACUGAUCACUUCAAAAUUGUAUGAACCUGGCACAGGGAAAAGAAUAUUCUCCAUAGAUCGUCAUAUAGGAAUGGCUGUAGCAGGCUUGAUUUCAGAUGCCAGGCAGCUUGUUGGUAUUGCUCGUGAUGAGGCUGCAUACUAUAGGUCGGUCUAUGGAGCCCCUAUUCCUCUGAAGUACCUGGCAGAUAAAGUAUCUGGUUACGUACAUGCAUACACUUUAUACAGCGCGUAUCGUCCUUUUGGUGCCAGUGUGUUUUUAAGUUCGCAUGAUAAAAUGAGUGGACCUGAACUUUACAUGAUUGAACCCUCCGGUGUUUUUUACGGAUACCAUGGUUGUGCGGUUGGCAAAGCAAAACAAAACGCUAAAACAGAAAUAGAAAAACUAAAGCUCGAAAAUAUGACAUGUAAAGAAGCUGUUAAAGAAGUCUCAAAAAUCGUAUAUAUCGUACACGAUGAAGUAAAAGAUAAAGCAUUUGAAUUAGAGUUGAGUUGGGUCGGAGAAGAUUCAAACGGGCUUCAUCAGAUGGUACCAAAAGAUAUAGCAAAAGAAGCUGAGGAAUUAGCAAAGAAAUCAAUGGAAGAAGAUUCCGAUUCUGAUGAAGAUUUAUAAUUUUUGACAUUUUUUUGUGACGUGAUGUUACGGAGUAUUCGAUAGUGACAUUUGCAUUCUCCAGCCAUGUUGUGAUAGAGUUGUGUAUGAUGUAAUAAAAACUAUGUAAAAAGAAUACACUAAAAUCACGUC